AUGUAUGUCAUCCAAUCCAGGUGCCUAUCACAGGACUGGCAUAUCCCGACUUCUGAUGGGCCAAGAUCAUCGAUUGGUGCCCUUAAUGUUGUCCAAAAUGAACUACAGAGUAUUACCAAACUCCGCCAAUUGAAAUUUUCAGUACCUGUCGCGCCGAUCCAUCAGAGCGGAUGUGCUGAGGAACAAAUGGUCUUUGAUUUGGAAUUCCCGUUGUCAGACAUGUUGGUCACCUUCACUGUCCAGUAUAACAAGGAGCGUGUUGUUCCGCUUUUGACGAUCGAGACAACGGGCAGCUGCGAUACCGGUGAUUAUUCGUUCUCGGCGAUACACCCCAGCCAUUACUUUGGCCCCGCCAUUAUAAUCAACCCGCAGAUCAAAGAUGCCUGA